UUAUCAACAUCAUCAUCGUCUCUCUCAAACCCAACUACAUAUUUGCCAACAGCACAGUUGUAGUGAAAACUGAAGCUCGAAAAACACUUUUUUUUACACUCACUCUUGUUAUCUAUGGCUGGUGCCCAACUCUUCAAUCUUUCAAGAUCUUCCUUGGUCAAGCCCUCUAGGCCUCUUCUCUACAACCCCAUUAAGAAUUAUGGGCAAGGAAGCAAGGGUAGGGGUUUGAUGGAGGAGAGGGCACCUUCCACAGCUGAAGAAUUUGAGAGGGUUGCAGAGGAGAAAAAGGCCAAGGAAGCUCAAAAGGGGGUGGCAAGUCAAACCCUUGGCAAGGCCAUUGAUGGUGCUGAAGAAGCUGUAAUAGGUAAACCAAAAGUUGAAUCAGUUAAAAAUAGGUACAAAGGGGGUGAAUAGAAAAAAACUGUGAGAUAUGUGUAUUUAGCUGUUGUAUAUGCAGCCAGAGAAUAAGUGAAUGCUGUCUUGUAUUUCCAAAAAGCUUGUUUAAUUGCAGCACAUUGAAACCCUUUAGUUUUUGUUUAGUAAAUUAUUCAUGUCUGUUCAUCAUUGGAUCUUGAAAAGAGCUUUCUAUUCUAUCAUUAUAAUACUCUGUUAAGUUCA